UGUUUCUGGGCUUUCCUUUUCCUCACGCUGUUCGGCUGUCACGGCAAAGCUAGACACAUUAGGCUGCAAUAUCCAGCUCGCGGACCUUCAGGCGCUCCACAGCUCGCGCCAGAUAACAAGUAGCACCCUGUCAUCUGGCCAGGUGGAGAGCCGUGGUCUGCUUACGCAUGCUCCCCACAGUGCCUCCCAAACGUCUGGUGGAAUGGAGAGCAGUCAGCCAGUCAACGUCGCAGAUCCAGGUACACGUCGGAAGAAGAAACGCAGAACUCGGGCCGCAGACAGUUUUACUGGCAAAUUUAGUGAUCUAUACAGGCUGUCCGAUGAGCUGCUGGGUCAGGGAGCUUAUGCUACAGUCCAGAGUUGUGUGAGUUUACAGAAUGAAAAUGAGUAUGCUGUAAAGAUAAUCGAGAAGAACGCUGGUCACAGUCGCAGUAGAGUUUUCAGAGAGGUGGAGACACUUUAUCAGUGUCAAGGAAACAAGAACAUUCUGGAACUCAUUCAGUUUUUUGAAGAUGACCGCUGUUUUUAUCUGGUUUUUGAGAAGUUAUGUGGAGGUUCCAUUUUAACACACAUUCAGAGACGGAAGUACUUUAAUGAGAGAGAGGCUAGUCAUGUGGUCAGGGAUAUAGCACAUGCCUUGGACUUCCUGCACAACAAAGGUAUCGCUCAUCGGGACCUCAAGCCUGAAAAUAUCCUGUGUGAAUAUACCGAUAAGGUUUCUCCUGUCAAGAUCUGCGAUUUUGACCUUGGCAGUGGAGUGAAGCUGAACAGUGCCUGUACCCCUAUAACUACCCCUGAGCUCACCACACCGUGUGGCUCGGCAGAGUACAUGGCUCCUGAGGUGGUAGAGGUCUUUUCAGAUGAGGCUUCGUUCUAUGAUAAGCGUUGUGAUCUCUGGAGCCUUGGGGUCAUUCUCUACAUCCUACUUAGUGGGAGCCCUCCCUUUACUGGCCACUGCGGCACCAACUGUGGCUGGGAACGAGGAGAGACUUGCCGUGCCUGCCAGAAUAACCUGUUUGAGAGGAUUCAAGAGGGAAAGUAUGAAUUAAGGGAUGGAGUCUGGGCUCAGAUAUCAGAUGAUGCUAAAGAUCUGAUCUCACGGUUGCUUGUGCGAGAUGCCACUCUACGAAUGAGUGCAGCUCAAGUCCUAAAGCAUCCCUGGGUGCAGGGGAAUGCACCUGAAAGAGUUCUUCCAACUCCUCGUGUUCUUCAAAGAAACUGUAGCACUAAAGACCUGACACAGUUUGCAGCAGAAGCCAUAGCAUUCAACCGACAACUAUCUCAGCAGGAGGAAGAGCAAGAGGACUUUGGGGCCAUUGUUUGCUCUAUGAGGCUCUCCCCUCCCUCUAACUCUAGAUUAGCCCGACGCAGAGCACAGUCUCAGGCACUACGCACCAGUACUUGACACCUGCCUACUGCACAGAAACUGAGUGAUACACAUACACACCACAUAUGGUGUAUUAUAAAGAUUCAUACACACAUACAUUUUCUGCUGAACGGAAUAUCUUAUUGAGCGUAAUAUCUAUAUCAAACACUUGCUUGCAUACCACAAACUCAGUGGUUGCUAACCUUAAGUAUGCAUCAAAAAAAAAUCUGAUAUUUUAAAUUUGCAUCAGGUUCAUUUUCAUCCUUAUCCUGCUCUGUGAAAUUGAGUUUUGUUUGUCUGUUUUAUGCACCUGAAACUGAUUUAAUUUUUUUUAGAUAUUUAAAUAUUUAUUGUGGCUGUUUCUCAGCAACAAAAGGGUGUUCAGCUCUGAGGAAGUUUUACAGAGCUAUUGAUUUUAAUAUCACAGCAGUCAGGCUUUUAAUCUUUUGCAUUUCCAUUCUUGGAAUUAUUUACCUGAAUACGUUUUAAACAGUUUAAAGUCACUAAACAUUCUUUAAAGAAAUAGUUCACCCAAAAUGAGAAUUGUCAAUAUUUACUUAGCCCAAUGUCCCUCCAAACCUAUAUGAUUUUAUUUGUACCAUACAACCCAAACAGAGAAUAGUGGAAAGUCUGUACUUGUUUUUGUGCCAUAUAAUGAAAGUGAAUAGUGACUCUGGUCUGUAAAUCUCCAAAAAGGAAAAAUAAAACCAUAAAACCCACAGUAAAAGUAAUCAAUACAACUCUUGAUACAAAGCCAUACGAUCACUUUGUGAGAUGAACAGACCUACUUUUAAGUUCUUAUUCACUCUUAAAUCAAAGCUUCGAUAAUCUUCUGACAGUACUGCCCAAAUCAAAUAUGGCAACUGCUAUAGGUUGGCAGUGUGAAUAUUUGGCAUAUAUUUCCUUUUGUUUUCCACAGAAGAAAGAAAGGCAUAUGGGUAAUUAAAUUAUGCCAGAAUUGUCAUUUUUGGGUGAGCUUUUCCUCAAAGGUAUUUCAGUUACGGUCAACCUUUUGCAUUUUAUUUUUAUAUCAUUUUUUUAUGUGAUGUAAACUUGGUAACCCACUUAGCCUUGAUAAAACGUCUUAAUGUACUUCGUUUUUGUUGAGUGAACAAUGUCUUGGUUUAUUUGGAUUAUGUAAGCCAUGCAGCCUGACACUAAUCUACCUUAGAAUUUCAUGACUGUCUAUACAAAUUUAUAUUGUGUGGCAUGCUCCACGUAAAGUCAAUAGGUAUGUUGCUUUAACGAGGGGCUGAGGUAGUAGACCUUUGACCAAAUUGCUGAUUUUUUGAUGCGUGUGUGUGUGAUACCAUUGCAUUGAGUAUUUGUCUAUAAAUCAGGGCAGUGAGCCUGUUCUGUUAACAGACUCAAGGUGCUGCAAGUAAAUAAAAAAAAAUUGCAUUCCGCGAAAACUGCCAUUUUUGGGGGGUGGAUCUCCUAAUGUGAUGGUCAAAUGCAAAAGUAGAUUUUGUGUUAAGACUUCACAUUUGCUUUUUGUAUCAUCAAAUUAUAAAACAUUACCCCUUCCGCAAAGUUAUUGUUUAUCUUAUCUCUUGCUCGAAAUGAGAGGUAAGAGGAAAAGUUUUUUGACUGGCAAUAUAUUAUGCAAAUUCAUGAGGAUGUGAUGGGGAAAUAAUUAAUGCACCAGGGAUGACACUAGAGGGCACUACCUCAUUUUAAUGUCUGUUCUCUGUACUUGCGUGAUAAUAACGUUAAUGAAGGAAAGUGUUUCUCAGUCUAAAUUCAGGAAUAAGAACACAUUUUUUUACAUCUUAUGUGCUGUUUUUAUUUUUUUUUAUUUUGGUGAGACAUACCGGAGACUGUCCAUUUAACAUCAAAAUGGUUAACAUGGAAUAUAUCAGAGGUGCUAAUUUGAUCAAUCCAAUUAUGAAAUUGAAAAAUGUAGUAAAAUAAAAAAAAAUAAAAUAAUAAAGCAGU